UCAAAAUUUAAUGUCACUAAUCCAAUAAAAAGCUCAUUUCAUUAUUAUCAAUAAAAUAAAGUUUUGUUUUAAGAUAGAAACAACGUAACGGACGAAAAGGUACCUACCAAGUACCUACCUAUUUAGACAAAUAAUAAUUGAAGCCCUAUUAGGACGAUGGAGCAUGCUCCGCAAGUACAACGCGAUGAACAAUAUCCGCUACUGAAAGUAGAGUCUGGAGGUGGGGAUAAUGUAAUGAGGACUCAACUCCCUUCAAAAAUAGCGUCAACUGGAUGGCACGUCACUUGUACCCCCAAGCAAUCCUGGUGCAGCCGUUGGCCUGAAUUUGUAUCCGCUUGCUGGAUGACGACCAUUUUGCUACUAAUUUCCUUUCUCGUAUUUUAUGCUCUAGGCAUGAGUGCUUAUAGAAGACAACCAGUUGUGAUCGUCCGAUGUAAUGACUCCAAGCCCGCUAGCGACGUUUUCUACCAUCACAUUGUUUCUCGAGAUGCUUACGUACCAUUCUCGCUCUAUUCCGAGUACAUUUCAUUCAUGGCAAAACAAUACCCAUUGCUACAUUUUAACGUAUAUUUUCUAAUUGACGAUUCCUGGCAGAACUCCAUUCAAGGUUCUAGACACUUAAGAUUCUUAAAAAGAUUAGUUCCACAAAUAGCUGCUCCUUUCAAUUCUAUUUUUGGACAAAAUUAUAAAAAAGAAAUAAAAGAAUUUCAAAGAAGAUAUCAAAAUGUUAAUAUAAGUGUAAUGUAUCUCAGCCAGUAUAUGGCAAUGACUCCUUUGAGAUACAAGUGGAGAAUCAUUCCUCCAAACUACCUAUCAUUUUAUGCUAGGGUAUAUGCAAUCUGGCAAAAUGGUGGAAUUGGAUUCGAUCUUAUAACCUUCAACGAUCAAUUCAACCAAAAUAGAGCUAUUGAUCGUAGAGUUGAUACAAUCCUUCAACAACACAAUGACGGUAUCAAAUCAGAAAAAUAUGCCGACACUUUUAACUCUUUGGAUAAUCAAGAGGAAAGUGAAUUAUUUUCAACGUUUUUCAAUAUAAUCAAUCAAAUCUUAAACGAAACCAGUUCAUUUUUUGGAGCAGAUAGCACGGAUAUAAACGUUAUAAACAAUACUCCUAUCGUAAGAACCCAUAGAAGUAAACGUGACAUUGCAGUUAAUACUACGGAUAUUUCAUUAAACAUUGAAAUGAAAAAUCAUACAGUUAACGAAAAUUUUAAUGAGACUGUCCUAACAGAAAGAAUACCAAACCUCCAUAAAAUGAAUAUAUCUAAGAAAAACAGUACUACUUAUAACUGGUAUGCUCUUGACGAAAUAAAACCGCCUUAUAUUUAUGAUAUUUUCAAUGUACCAAACAUUUCAAAUUUUAAUGUUGAUAUGCCUCAAGUUUUAUUUUACGAUAUAUUUGGAUUUUCGGAUGAAGUUGGUCCAUCGUACUCCUUACUUAAAACUCUUGCUCCACCAAAUCUUUUUUCUUCAAGACAUGCAACAAAACAAGGGCAAAGCAAAUCAAAAUAUGUAUCUUUAACCCCAGAAGGGCAUUUUGUGGCAGCUUCCUCCAGACAUCAUCCAUUUUUAUCUCACUUGUUAUCUUCUGGUUGUCACAGAGUUAGUCCUCAAUUUGCAAUCAAAGACACUCUUCUAAGCCAGUGUUCAGGAUUUUUGAGGAAUGAUAUUUAUUGUGAAAACAUUCGAGUAAUUUACAAUGUUGUAUAACACUGUUUCCUAGUUGAUGUUUAUUUAUAAAUUACGUAUUAUUUUAAUAUUUUAUUAGUUUUUAAUUUCCAAAUUGUUUCAUGUUGUGCGAUGUUUGAGAAAUAAAGAAUUGAAUUAACACAUUA